AUGGCACAUUUACAAUCUAAAUUUAUUCCAAACGAUCCAUUUCUUGAUAUCGAGAAGAAUGCUCUUGAAAUUUUUGAAUCUUUUCCAAAACAGGAUCGGCAUUUAAGCGAGCUAAUUCCGAAUGAUCCUUUACGUGAAAUUGAAAUUCAUGCUCAAGAAAUUUUCGAACCAAAAUCAAAAAAACGAUAUGACAACGAGUUAAUUCCAAAUGAUCCUCUGAGAGUUAUCGAAAUUCAUGCCCACGAAAUUUUUAACCCUCUCGCUAUAAAAAUGGAAAAGAUUAUUGGCAAUAGUUCUUUUGGUAGUGCGAAAAGUAACGUUCUUAAAAAACGACUAUUUUCAAGAGGAGAAAUGGCUGUUGACCCUAAAGACAUUGUAACUCUGACUCCUCUGUUUCUUAAUACUGUAUAUAAACAUUUUAAAAAUGAAGUCCCGGACUCGAAUUGGGAUUUAAAACUUCAUUUGGGAGUUAUCAUGCUUAGAAGUUUUCUAGAGAGAUCAAAACACAAAACAAUAGAAAAACAACAAAAAUUCUUGGGUAAAGCUUACCUCCCUUCUGGUCCUUCCACUUCAAUAACAAAAGCAACUAUACCUGAAACAUGUCGUUCUCAAGCUGAAGAUAUUAUGGCAGGUUUAUUAAGUGGUCAAGAAGAAAAAGUUGGUUGGCGAUGGAAGGAAGAUCCAAUGAAACGGAACCCACUAAAAGGUGAAUGGGUUGAAUCAAAAACGAGAAAGAAGUUCACUGAUGCUGAUCGAGUAAUCCUAUUUAUUCAUGGUGGUGCUUAUUUCAUGGGAAGUGCCGCACAACAUCGUUUCUUAAUUCAAAAAGUUGCUAAAGCUGGAGCUGCACCUCCGCAAUCGCCUUUCCCGGCUGCUCUUGUGGAUACAUUGGCUGCUUAUUUUUAUCUAACACAACCUCCGGCCGAUGCUGGAUUUGAGCCAAUAAAUCCUAAAAAUAUUAUUAUCAUGGGUGAUUCAGCUGGUGGUGGUCUCGCAUUAUCAACUCUUUUGGUUCUUCGAGAUGCCUGUCUUCCUCAACCAGUCGGUGCUGCUUGUUGGUCUCCAUGGGUUGAUCUUUUUCAUUCAUUGCCAUCGAUAUCUUCCAAUCAUGCAACUGAUUAUGUACCAAAUGGAUUUGUGCAUAAAGCUUCUCCCGCCAAUCCAAUAAAAGAUUAUAAAAAUAUUAAUGAUAGAUUAGCAAGAGUUCAAUAUUAUGCUUUCAAUUCUGCCUUAACUAUUCCCUACGUGUCUCCAAUCUUAGCUGAAGAUUUGGGUGAUUGUGAAAGACUACGAGAUGAAUCUAUACUAUUUGCCCAUAAGGCUGCGAAGACACAUCCCAAUGUUUUUAAAGUACCGAAGAAAGAAGGUCAACGCACUUAUCCUCCAUCAAAAGUGAGCCUUAAUGUAUUCGAAGCAAUGCCACAUGUAUUUCAAAUUUUCAUCUUUCACCCCGCAGCCAUAAAUGCUGUUAAACGAACAGGAGAUUGGAUACGUAAAGUAAUUCCGGAACCUGUAGCUAAUGAUAACAAGAGCAAUUGUCGACGAGCUAAUUAUAUGUUGGAUGAAGGAACACUUAAAGAAUGGGUUGAUAUGUUAGGAAAGUUACCAGAUUUUACAAAACAUCCAGAAUUUUUAGAAAUAUAA